GAUCACCCGAGGUGUCCGUAUGCGGAUGUGGGUCUGAAGCAGAGGCCCGAGGAGCCGCGGGGAGCGUCAUGUUGUUACAGCGGGAGAAUUAACGUUACCGCAGAACGGAGACAGGACGGUCCGUGACCCGCUGUUUAAUCAGCGCGUGAACCCCCCCCCUAGGAUCAGGGCAUCGAGACUCUGGGCCAGACAUUGUGACCUGACCAGUCCUAAUCCAGGACCUUCAGUUUUUUGAGUUUUCGCUCUGCCCCUGUGGCCUGUGGCCCAGGUUUCAGCACUUUGUCUCAGCAGCGAAUCUUUUUGACACUAUGGCGGGUCGACCCAACGGGCCGGCCGCAGGGAAUAAAAUCUGCCAGUUUAAACUGGUUCUGCUUGGAGAAUCGGCAGUGGGAAAGUCCAGUCUGGUCCUGCGCUUCGUCAAAGGCCAGUUCCAUGAGUACCAGGAGAGCACUAUCGGAGCUGCAUUCCUCACACAGACAGUAUGCCUGGAUGACACAACAGUAAAGUUUGAGAUUUGGGACACUGCUGGACAGGAGCGAUACCACAGUUUGGCCCCCAUGUACUACAGAGGAGCACAGGCUGCUAUUAUAGUCUAUGACAUAACAAAUACAGACACAUUCACAAGAGCAAAGAACUGGGUGAAGGAGCUGCAGCGGCAAGCCAGUCCAAACAUAGUCAUCGCUCUGUCCGGGAACAAGGCCGACCUCGCCAACAAGAGAGCAGUUGACUUUCAGGAGGCUCAAGCUUAUGCUGAUGACAACAGCCUUUUGUUCAUGGAGACAUCUGCCAAAACAGCCAUGAAUGUCAAUGAAAUUUUCAUGGCCAUUGCUAAGAAGCUGCCGAAGAACGAGCCUCAGGGUGGUGGAGGAGCGAGCGGCAGGGGAAGGACCGGCGUGGAUCUGCAGGACUCCGCCCCCCAGGCCUCCUCCGGCAAGUGCUGUUAAAUGUCCACCGCAAAGGGUCCAAUAUAACAGAACCUUGGAGACAGAACGACCGAUUAUCAGAAGGAGAGCAAUCGCACUUACGAGAGAUUAUUAUUAUUAUUUCUGCAGAGAUUGGGUUUGUUUUUGUAGUUUUUUUUGUUGUUUUUUUUCUUUGAUCAAAAGAGUUUUCUGAAAAUCAUAAGCUAGAGGGAGUGCCACAGUGCCUCUCUCUUUCACUCUAUUUCUCUCUCUCUCCCCCCAUGUCUCGAUUCUUAUCGUUAUUUUAUGAUAAUACUAACCUGAUUCUGUCUUAAGGCUUAUUUUUAAAGAUGGAGAGAUGAGUACCUAAUACGUUGUAUGUUUUGGUGAUGGGUGCAUGUAGCAUUUAUUUUUUUCAUAUUAUAUGUUCAUAUUCUUGUUUUUUUUUGUUUGUUUUGUUUUUUUCAUUUCUGCCAUUUACUGAUCUUCCUUAUCAGCGGAGACGGAGCCGUGGGGAGGGCAACAAAGAAUCAUACACUUCCAAAUUUGUCUGUUUUUGUAAAUGAACUAGUAUUGUUUUUAUUACAGGAGCUCCACCUUAGAUAUAUCAUGGCAUUACUGGGGUUGAAUAACACAUGCGUACGGGGCUGUGUGUGUCUCUGAUCAAUGUGUAAUAUGAUAACUCCAAUGAAGUGCAAAGUCAGCAUUACCACUUAAACCAGAAAACAUUUUUAGCAUCAUGUUUUUCAAUCUGUAAGAUAUUAUGGUGAUACAAGAAUAAAACAUUAAAGUGGGAAAGAUUUA